CAGCCCUCAUGGUGGCGACAUUUAACCGCAGAGGACCACCGAUAGCUAAGUUCCAAAUAGACCCAAAAGCCGGAAGUAGGAAGCAGUUUAUAAUUUAUUCGUAAAAAAAAAAAUACAAAACACUAUAGCUAAAUCGGUAUCCUGGUACUGAUUGGAAUCAACAAGGUUUUGAUUGCCGUAGAUAUUUUAAGAGACAAGACGGGAGGUUACGAGCCUCAACGUUGCCAUUUCUUGUUGGCUAACCUUGCGUGUUGGCUAACGAGGGAAUUUGAUUCCCAAUGGACGAGUCUAAAGACCCGGCCCCAUCCGUCUCCACCGAACUCCGACCCACACUGUCCCCGUGUGCUGGCGGUAACCAUGAUGACCGGGAGGACAGUAACCACGGUGACCAAAGGCCGGAACUAGGUAGCCUACAGAUAGUUGUUGUCGUCAAGGAGGAGGAAGAGGACUGGGACUGUUACGAUACAGCAGCAGGGAGUCCCAACCAACCGCCAGACUGUAGCGCUUCCAUGUCAACGGAACAUGGACGUUCCUCUUCUGCAGAUCGUACUAAACAUUCUGAAUCGGGGAAAAAACCCAGGGGUAAACGCAAACCAGAGAAGACUCACAGCUGUCUGGAGUGUGGAAAGAAAUUUGUUUCUACAUACACACUGAGAAGACACCAUGCGCACACUCACACAGGUGAGGAAAAGAGGAGGAGCCAUCCCUCUGACACUAAGGGACAGAGUCCUUCGGGGCAAUUACGACAACAAGAGAGAAACCGGGGAGUAAGGAAGACCCACUCCUGCCCAGAGUGUGGGAGACAUUGGCAGUCAAUAUCAGCACUGAAAAAGCACUUGCGGACCCACACGGGAGAGAAGCCUUACCUCUGCACUGAGUGUGGUAAGGGCUUUGCUAAUCCAGAUAGCUUAAGAUACCACCAAAAUGUAAAUUCUAAACUGAAAACGGAACCAACUGAGAUCACUUGCUGCUGUGGACAAGAAUUCUCCUCAAAGUGUGUUCUUGAGGUCCACUUGAAGACAGACACUGGAACCAAGCCGUACACCUGUUGUGUGUGUGGCAAGAGGUUCCGCAAAGAAUCACUGAAAGAACACCAGCGAUUGCAUACAGGAAAGAUACCUUACACCUGCAAAUUCUGCGGAAAAGGCUACUAUGAGAAACAGCCUUGGAAAGCCCAUGUGCGCACACACGCUGAGAAGCCCCUGUGCUCCGUGUGCGGACGAAUCUCCUGUAAUAAGUAUACGUUCAAGAUCCAUGAGAGGACACACACAGGAGAAAAGCCUUACCUGUGCUCUGAGUGUGGGAAGGGCUUCACCAGUAAAGGACUCCUAAUGACCCACGAGCGAUUAUACUGUACUAGGGGGGAGCAGAAGCGCAGAGCGAAGCCAUUUCACAAGUGCCCAGACUGUGGGAAGGAUUUCACUCAAGCUAACAAACUGGAGAGACACUUGAGAACCCACACAGGAGAGAGGCCUUACCAGUGCUCUGUGUGUGGGAUGAGGUUCAACCAGAAAGGAAAUCUCAAAACGCAUUUCAAAGUGCACACAGGAGGGGAUCCAAGUUUGCUGGCAGACAUGGAAGCAACUCUCUCUCCUUCCAACGCUGCAGACCGACCUCUGGACAACAGGCGUAAAGCCGGCAGGCCCCCACGAUGCCUGGAUCAGCGUGGUGAAAAGGAAGCCCACGAUCUCCCGGCAUCACAGACGGACGAAACCCAGAACCUCCCAACCACACAGAAACCCCCUAUAUCUCUCCGUGUAGACAAACACCUCCUCUGCCCCGAGUGUGGCAAGACCUACCCCCGGGAAUACGACCUCAAGAUCCACCUCAGAACACACACAGGAGAGAGACCAUACCAGUGCGAUGAGUGCGGGAAGACCUUUGUCCGAAAGCAAGGUCUGCGACAGCACCGACGGUCGCACGCUCCCAAGCCCAUGGGACCGACCCGUCAGUUAGGCAGGCCCCCCAGUAUGGGAUCCGCCGGUAAAAGGACCAAUCCCUCGGCACACAGGAUUGGCCGAACCAAGCAAAAAAACCACUGAUCCCAUUACUUGGCUGGGCGAGAGAACCAAGGCAGUGGUUUUAAACGUGGGACUAGAUCGUUGUCUGUUUUCUUAAGUGGAACCCUUUUGUAGAUGUUCACCCAGGGCAUUUAUGGAACCCACAGGGUUCUGCUAAAAUGCCAUUUUGUCUUCCUCCUCAGAUCUCAUGUCUAUAGAAAAUCACAGUUUUUGCAGGCAGUGUUCUGUUGUUUUGCUUGUUUAUAUUGGAAGUUUGCUUUAUUGUCUAAGCUGUCAUGAUGCUUUGAUAUCCACAGGGACUUGGAUAUCAUCAUUUCAUGGUCCA